AGGCAGAUUGCAAUGAACAAUUUGCCAACAUGUAUGAGUAUUACACACUGCGUUCCGAGCCAUGGCUAUUCUAUACCAGUUAUGAAAAAAUGAAAUUAAAUCUACGUCAAGUCAUUUUGGAUAUUUGCGAAUUUCUGGGUAAAACUAUCGACGACACCAACAUGGAACGAAUGUUAAAACAUUUAUCCUUCGAAGAAAUGAAAAAGAAUCCACGAACUAAUCACCUAUGGGAAUCGAAUCAAGUGCGACAAAUUACAAAAGCAAAAUUUGAUGAUUUUACAUUCUGUCGCAAGGGUGAAACAAAUUCAUACAAAAAAGAACUAUCACCGGAAAUGAUAGAAAAAUUGGAUGCCUUUGUAGAGGAAAAAAUUGCGAAGUAUGGCCUCACUUUGAAUGAUCUACUGCUGUUGAAUGAAAAUAAAUCCUGAUUUUAAUAUAA